AUGGUCAUUCCUGAAAGCAGAUCCGAGCUUUUGAGUUGGCUCAAUGCUACUUUAGAUCUUAAUUACACCAAAAUCGAACAAUGUGGCACGGGAGCGGCGUAUUGCCAGGUUAUUGAUUCUAUCUACCAUGAUCUUCCAAUGGCUAAAGUCAACUUUCAAGGAAGUUCAGAAUAUGAUUACAUGAAGAAUUAUAAGAUUCUACAGGCCGGUUUCACUCGGCACAAAAUAACACGUAACAUUCCUGUCGACCGUUUGGUCAAAUGUCGAUUUCAGGACAAUUUGGAAUUCUUGCAGUGGAUCAAGAAAUACUGGAUGGAGAACAAAGAUGAAACCGAAUAUGAUCCAAUUGCUGGUCGCUCCUCUAGUAUGAAUAGAGGACUAUCAACGGCCACCCCCACUACGAAAACGGUCGGUAGAACCUCUGUUUCGACGACCAAGAAGAUUGAACCACGAAAUGCAUUACCCUCAACAGACCCUAAUAGAAAGAAAUCCUCAAAUUUACAUAACCCAAGAUUAAGAGGAACUAAUUCAAGUUCAACAUCCGGUAUCAAUAAAGAAGUGUAUGACCUUAAGUCUCAAGUCGCCUCACUAUCAGAGGAGCUAGAGGAAUAUCAGAUAGUCAAUGAAGGAUUAGAAUCUGAGCGAAAUUUUUACUUCAACAAGCUCAGAGAAAUAGAGAUCCUUGCCCAAUCUUCGAUGGAUAUACUGAAUUCCAAGGGCACCUCUGGGACAGACAAUAUCGAUGUCACAUCUCUGUUGAAACAAGUCCAGGAGAUAUUGUAUAGCACCGAGGAAGGCUUCAAAAUUCCAGACGAUAAUGAUGAAAAUGAUGAAAAUAUACAGCCAUCAACCGUUUUGGAAACGCCCAGAAAGGAAGAUAUAUCUAUGUUGGAUGAGGAAACGUUCUAA